AUGGCCUUUGAUUUGAACCUCUUCUCCGCAUAUGGGAAUAUCCAAAGUUCCCUUCCGCUAUUUCCAGUCUGGUCAACAAUUAUACAGCCAAAGCCCUCCUCGAUGAAAGCCAAUGAGCAAAUAGGAGCAGUUCAACCAGAGAUAAUAUCUGAACACCGUACGCUCCCAAUUGACCCCGAGCUCAAACGGUAA